AUGCCCCCGCCUCGCAAUUUAAAAGAGGUGCAGAGGCUGACCGGAAGGAUCACAGCUUUGUCAAGAUUUAUCUCCAAAUCAUCCGACCGGAGCCUGCCGUUCUUCAAAAUUCUGCGGCGAGCAACCAAGUUCCAAUGGGACGAAGGUUGUGACCGGGCUUUUGAAGAACUCAAGCAAUAUCUCAGCUCCUUGCCUAUUUUAGCCAAGCCGAUCGUAGGAGAGCCUCUCUGGAUUUAUUUAUCAUCCACCGAGUACGUGAUUGGAUCGACAUUAGUCAGGAAGAGGAAGGAAUACAGCAACCAGUUUCUGGCCGCCCGAAGGUUCCAGCCUUAUUUCUUGGCUCACUCCAUAAUUGUAAUGACCAAUAGCGCCUUGGGUCGAGUGCUGCUCAAUCCCGAGGCAUCGGGCCGGCUAAUCAAGUGGACUACUGAGCUCAGUGAGUUUGAUAUCCAGUGUCAACCCCGGUCGGCCAUAAAAGCACAAGCACUGGCGGACUUCGUCACGGAAGUGCAAAGUCCUGAGCCAGAAACCGCAUGGAAGAUAUACGUGGAUGGAUCGUCAGCUCGUCAGGGGAGCGGAAUUGACAUAUUACUUAUAUCUCCAAGAGAAGAUCGGAUACAGUUAUCCAUUCGGCUGGACUACCGAGCCACCAACAACGAAGCUGAGUAUGAAGCGCUCAUAGCCGGUCUGCAAGUUGCUCGACAUGUCGGUGCCACCAAGGUACUCCUACACUCAGACUCACAGUUAGCGGCCCAACAACUAAACGGAAUGUUUGAGAUAAAUAGUGCACGACUCAGGCUAUACGCGGAGGCCUUCGAAAGGCUCAAGGGGAGUUUCCAGGAGGUUGUUAUACAGAAGAUUCCCCGGUCAGAGAACCAAGUAGCAGACGAGCUGGCCAAGCUAGCCAGCGUAGUGAUUUCGAUCGUCGCCAGUGGCCCAAUCGAACAGGUCUCCCUGGUGGCUCAUGUUGACCGAACGGGAGGGAUACUACUUCCGGAAGAUUGGCGAACGCCCAUCAUUGAAUUCCUCCAGUCGAGGGGUCAGCCGGGGAGCCGAGAGGCCGAUUGA